AUGGCCGCCACUGUGCCAAACGACGAAUUGGAUCCUGAUGCGACAGAGCAGUGUGCCAUGGGUGUUACAAUGCGAACGCCGGCAUGGUCGCAAUUGGAUGAAAACCUUCGUGCAGCCUUGCGAUUCCUUGCGUUUGAAUGUCAGGAACCCAGCGAGGAAUUUGAGGGCCCGUUCUUGCUACCGCCUCGACAGGAGGAGGGCCACAGCUUGACGGUUGUCCUGGACCUUGAUGAGACACUUUCACACUGUCGCCUAGAUCUGCUUCCUGAUGGUCCCAAGCCUGACUUCUCGGUGCAAUUUGAAGAGUCCAAGGCUACCGGCUAUGUCUAUGUCCGGCCCUUUGCAAGGCUCUUCCUUCAAGUGGCUGCGAGGCUCUUUGAGGUCGUUGUCUUCACAGCCUCCUCCCAGGGCUAUGCUGACCAGGUCUUAGAUCAAUUGGAUCCCGAGCGGCGGUGUAUCUCUACGAGACUCUAUCGUCAGCAUUGUGUAGAGCGCAACGGUGCCUUUUUGAAGGCCAUCAGUGUGACAGCAACGAAGUUUCGGUCAGCGCCAUUGCAUGAGGAGAGCCCCAGCCACAAGGAGAUCUUUGAGAACCAAAGUGGGUCUGUAGCUGCAAUUGCUAGUACUUUGUGCAUUUUGGCAACUUUGUUCAGUUUGAUCCUGGCUGCUUUGGUGGUUUGCGUCAUUCUGCUGGACCGCGCCCUAAGCUGGAAGCACCAAGCCACCUACUAUGCUUGCAGACGCCAGGUACAAAGGGUCCAAGAAGCCCUCAUGAAAGGGAAGGACAACCUCUCACUGUGUCCUUGCUGUGUGGAAUGCACAUUGAAUACACAAGCUCCAAAGAAAGUGAAGUUUCUUUGCGGCCAUGGCUACCAUCUGGAUUGCAUCAACAGCUGGUUUCAAGAGAACCCGCAAUCCGUUGGUUGCUGCCCGGUUUGUGAAGUGGGAAAGCUUCAGCAGGAGCGUCAGAAGGGCCAAAGCUGGCUGUCGGUUUGCCACGAGCUGCGGAGCUGCGGGUCUGAGAAGGGCGAAGUUUGCAUCGAUGCGCCGCGGGACGAGGCACAGACCUUUAUUCUUCACAGCUUGCAUCGACGCUACCCUGCGAUCAUCUCGGAGGAGUCUCUGGAGCGCUGGGCAGGAUGCAAUGCAGAGCUUUGGCUCACGGAGCUCGCAUGCCCACGGUACAGCUCGAUCUUCAAGAAAUUUUGGGGUAAAUGA